AAUAUACGCAUAAUAAUAUAUAUUCAAAAUAUAAGUUAAUAAAUAUAUUAUGCAGAACAACUUCUUUGCAUUUCCUGUCAAAACGUCUGACAAAUGGGAUGUAUACUGAUUGCAUUGGCUGGAAUUUUUUUGGCUGGCAUGAACAUUGACUAUAUUCUGCUUUGUUUAAAUAGAACCUAUUUCAGAGAAAUGCAGGACCAAUUCCCAGAACAAGGUCUCUACACUGUCAUACAAAUUGUUCCAGAUUUCUUAAAUAUCUUGGCAUCGGUCAUGCUAAUAUUUGCAAUCAUAUCGUUUUACAUCAGCAUCAUUGGGCUCGAAUUUAAUUAUAAAUGAGAGUAUUUGGCACAAUUUAGGUAAGU